GUAUCGGUGUUCCUAUUAUGCUGGCUUAUGUGUAUGGAGUUGUUCCAAUUUCCCUCUGCCGAAGCGGAGGCUGCGGUGUGUCAGCAGGCAAUGGAAAAGGUGUCAGGAUAGAAUUUGACGACGAAAACGAUAUGAAUGUUGGUGGAACAAACGCAGCUGUGGAUGCCACCUCAGUGGCAGAGGCACGCCACAACCCUAGCAUCGGCGAAGGAAGCGUUGGGGGACUGACCGGCAGCUUGAGUGCAAGCGGUAGCCACAUGGACAGAAUAGGAGCCAUUCGGGACAACCUAAGCGAAACCGCUAGUACCAUGGCCCUGGCUGGGGCCAGUAUAACAGGGAGCCUCUCGGGAAGUGCAAUGGUUAACUGCUUUAACAGACUGGAAGUCCAAGCAGAUGUGCAGAAAGAACGAUACAGCCUGAGUGGAGAAUCUGGCACAGUUAGCUUGGGAACAGUUAGUGAUAAUGCCAGUACCAAAGCAAUGGCAGGAUCCAUUCUGAACUCCUACAUCCCUUUGGACAGGGAAGGCAACAGUAUGGAAGUGCAAGUGGAUAUUGAAUCGAAGCCAGCCAAAUUCAGGCACAACAGCGGCAGCAGCAGCGUUGAUGAUGGCAGUGCCGCGGGUCGUAGCAAUGCCGGCUGUUCAUCGGCCUGCCUGCCGGAAAGUAAAUCCAGUGCCACCAAGUGGUCCAAAGAAACAACAGCAGGAAAAAAAUGCAAAGGUAAGCUGAGAAAGAAGAGUAGCAUGAAGAUAAAUGAGACCAGGGAGGACAUGGAUGCUCAGCUGUUGGAACAACAAAGCACAAACUCCAGUGAGUUUGACUCUCCCUCUCUCAGCGACAGUAUUCCGUCUGUAGCCGAUUCCCACUCGAGUCAUUUUUCUGAGUUCAGUUGCUCAGAUAUGGAAAGUAUGAAAACUUCCUGCAGCCAUGGUUCCAGCGACUAUCACACUCGCUUUACCACGGUCAGCGUUCUCCCCGAGGUGGAAAACGAUCGCCUGGAAAACUCUCCACAGCCCAGCGGAAUCGCUGCACCGGUUCCAGCAGCCCCGAGCACCGAUGCUCCGCAGCUGAGUUACAUCGCUGAGGAAAGCGUUCAUAACGGAUCUUCACCGGACGUAGAUCUAGGUGCUGGUGAGACACUGAAAGAAACAAACAACAACCAGGCACGACACGCUGCGGAAUUAAGCACUGCUGUUCAGACUGAAAUCUAAGCCUCCAUGUGCUGCAAAAAUCUCUAUUUACCACUAAAGGACCCUGUCUGAAAGCUGGUUGAAUUCCACGCGACUUCGUAAAGUGUCAGGUGACCAGCAGAAGCAAGGUUUUGAUACAACUGCAUUUUGUAGACGCUUGUGCGAUAAGGCAGAGUACUUCCUACGGAUCUUACACCUGCGUGAAGAGACCUGAAGGCUUUAACCAAGUGCAUUACGGCCCUACGGAUACGUCCACGUUCUGUAGUUUGGCCACAACUUUGCUUGAAAG